CUGAUCUUUUGGUUGAUUUCAGAAGAAUUGUGUAGCAAGAUAAACAACCAUGUCUAGAACAGAUGGAGAAAUGAAGGUAUACCGUAGUUCAAUGACUGCAAUCACCAGUGACCAGUCUGUAAAUAUCUUUAUCAACAUUUAUACAGCCAAUUAUUUUAGUGCGUCUACAGUAUAAAUUAGGGCCACUUUAAUAGAGAACACUAACCAAUCACAUUGCGGAAUAAAAAUAGAAAAAAUCAACAAACGGCGCAUUAGCCAAUCAGCAUUAGGCCAAAAACAAUUUUAACAAAUAAACGAAUGUGAAAUGGUAAAAAUAAACAAAUAAACGAAUGUGAAAUGGUAAAAAUAGACUUGAAAAGUAAACACUGUAGUUACUGAGGCUGCUCCAUUUACUGUUCGGAGUACUCUGGAUUUUCGGAACACUGAUUAAAUCGAACCAAUAAUGUUCACAUGACUGUUUUUAUGUGACCGUUUUCGGUUCGAUUCAAUUAGUGUUCCGAAAAUCCGGAGUACUCCAAACAGUAAAUGGAGCAGCCUCACUGGCUACCUGAAGCGAACUCCAUGCUUUCUUUUGAUUGGACGAGCUGUAGUUUGAUUAGAUUUCUAUUUUUGUUCUGCAGUGUAAUUUGUUAGUGUUCUCAAAGUGCCCCCACUUACUGUAGACGCACUGUAAUUGAUAAUUUGAUUGGGUAUGGAUGUAUGGUGUCUAUGGUGAUCAAUCAUGCAAUUAGUGGUGUAACAGAGGAAGAGAAGGCCCUUAUGCAUAUUUGGUGUGGGGACCCCUGUUGACUGUUGUCAUUGUUUGAUUGAGAUAUAUUUAUAUUGAAUAUUUAUAGAAUGUUCUGGAAAAUGUGUCUAUAACAAUAACAAUACAGUGUAACAGUCUCCAACACAUGUAACAACUAAUAAGAAUAACUUUUGUUUUAUUUGAGAUGGAAUAAAAAAAUCAGCUACCGUUGUCGAUGAAGGCUUUAUUAUUUAGCAUUAUUAAAUUUGCAUUUUCCCAUUGAUUCUUAACCUGCAUUUUUUAAGUUUUCUAAUUUUCUGGUUAAUAGGCUGUGGCUGACGUGGGCCCCCAACUGUCGGGGCCCUUAGUUUUUUAACUAACCAUACCCAAUGAGCGUUACACCACUGCAUGCAGUGACUACUGUUGUUAACAUUCAUUGACUGAUUGAUAUAUGGGGGGUGUAUUUAUACUAUGUUUAGAUUUGAAAGAAGUUUCAGAUUUUAUAUUGGAUGGAAUUAACUGAUCAAAAUAACAAACCAUAUUUUCUAGAAUUAUGGUAAUACAGUUUGUGACACAAAUUUUGCAUUGUGAUGAAGCUGCUUUUUUUAUGAAUUUUAAUCCCCCAGGCCUCCCCCAUAACCCUGUGAUAAUCUGUGACAGUUGGCAUAACCAGGGGCAUAGCUUGAGGGGGGUGUGGAGGUGUAACACCUCCCAUUCAUGACCGACUUGGUAAUAUGUAAUUACGAUAUGUGACCCCACUUUUUUGGAUUGAGUCUUAAUUUGGGAUCUACUAUGCAAUUAAACUUGGUACAUGCAAAUUGCUAACUUUUUAGAGAUGGUUUCUUAAUGGGGUAUUCGGGUACAAAACAUUGUGCAUGCUAAUUUGAAUGACAAUGAACUGAAAUAAUACAUCCCUCAAAAGUGAUUUUGCAGAAUCCCUCAAGAGUGAUUUUGCAUACCAAGCUAUUAAAUAAAUGCUGGGGAAAACAAUGAUCCUGCGUGGCCUCACAGGCAUGCAGCACAUCAUCUGGAACCAAGUAAAAUUACAAAUGUCCAGCUCUACAAGCAAAGACUCUGAAAUGGAUUAUCAGUUGUUGCAUGUCAUAAUCAUAUGCCAGUGUGGUUGUCCCAUUAAUGUGCAGGACUCUCCCCUUGACAUGCCUGUGUUUUUAGUUUUUUUUUGCAGAUAGCCAAAAAAAAUUUGCAGUUAGCCCUGCAUGGUCCAAACUUGCCCGCUUCGCUUGCAAAUUGCUACAUGGGAACGGGCACCAGUGGCGGACACUAGGAGGGGCCCGCCCACCCGCCCGCCCCCCCCCCCAAUAAUUUUUACACAAUCUUGUACCAAAUAACACAAAUCACACUCAUAUAACGUAAUUGUCAUAUUAAAUAAUAACUAUUUGAUUAAACUUUAAAGGUGAUCUACAGUCCGAUCUGCGCAUGUGCACAAAUGAGCCCACUUUUUAUGAUGCAAACAGUUUAACUAUGUUUUGAGUUCUUGAAAAGCCUGAUUGUUGUUUCUUGAUCAUUUAUUAUACUCCAGAAGCUUGAAAAUAUAAAUAGUUGUCGAAUAAAGCUCAAUAUCUUGGACACAAAAAUGUAAACAAAGGCUUUGUUUACAUACGGACUGUAGAUCACCUUUAAUAAGCUAAAAAAGUAAGCAACAUACCAAACAAUAUAAUAUAUGUUUCUGUACUGUACAUGUCACAACAUAUGCAUUUUAUACAUUCUUAUUCGCAUGUUAACAAAACAAAAACGUGCACAGCGAAUAAAUUUCACUCACUUAGCGAAUAAAGUUUUACAUUGGCGUGUUAAUUAAAUUAAACCACCUUGCAAUUCCAUUCACAAAUGUAAAUAAUCAUGUAAAUAUUUUCGCUGAAAUGUUGGUUUUCUAUGCUUCGCAUAUGAUUUAUUUAAUAACAAAAUGCACCAUUAAAACAGUGUUUUGAAAACCUACUUUUAAAAAAGGUGUUCUCAGAAUGCUGCAAAUGCCAUUUCCAGGAUCCAGAUUAGAAUUCUCGUGUGAAUUCCCUUCGGCACAAGCCCCCCACCCACCCAAUAUUUCAUAAAGUGUCUGCCACUGCCGGCCACCGUAGAAAUGUUUUUCAGUUAUGUUUCAUAUUGUCAAAAUUGAGUGUCCGCUAAUUUGCUCAAACCCAAUUGUUCGAAUAUUUUCAUAUAUCAAGCUGAUGAAUAAACCCAGUUUAGCCUCGAUAUUGGAGAGCACUGAUCUAUAACAACAGCUUGGAAAACAGACAUAAUAAAGUACUUGACAGAGUUCAAAAUAACAGAAGUGUAUCAGUGGAGAAAUUACUGUAUAUUGUAUAAAAAUCUAUCAUUCUCGGUUUUGUUUCUACCUAUAUGGACAGAUACAAAGCAUUACAGUUCCAGGAGGUACACUGUAAUUCAUCUACAUCAAUUGGCAGUUAAGUUACUGCAAGGUUCCUUUUUGGACAUAUUAUCUUCUUUCUCAAUGUCAAGUUUCAUAUCUUAUCUGAAACGAUGCUACUUGAGUAUGCAUAUUGCGGUAUUUUCCUCCGCACAAUAGAUGAUCAUUAGGUAUUUAGGUGUAAAUAUUAGUGAACUUGUAUACUCUUGAUCUUGCAAUUGUGGCACCAUAUGGAUACCCACAACAAGGCGAAACAUUUGCAAGUCUUGCAACACACUCAGAACGUGUUGUAGCUUCCCAUAAACGUAUUUCCAUAGCUUCAUUUUCAAUGUCGACUUCAAAAUGACCUUGAAGGACUUCUUGAGGAUUUAAAGCAAUGCCUGUUGGAUGGCAUCUGAGAAAGUCAAUUAGUUCAGAACAAUCAAUUUCGAAAAUACAACACAUAUUCCAGAUGUCAAAUACAUUCAUAGUCAUCAGAAGUUUACUAUGAGAAAACACCACCACAUAUCUACUAUUAGCCAGUGCCCAAAUCACUCCUUCAACAUGUCUUAUCUGAUAUAGAGUAGAAUAAAUAGAAUAGAAACUUUAUUUCACGAGGGAAAAACGUAUUAACCGUAAAAGUUAUCUAACAUACGGCCCUCGCACUAUUUUGAUAUUUACAGGCAUAAAAAGUAUUAAAGAUUACGACUAUUUACAUUUGAGAAAAAAUAAUUAGUAAUGAAUACAUGAUUACAAUUUAGUAAAUAUUUACAAUUUAUACAAAAUAGAUCUUCGAUAUGGUUAGUAAGGUUAAGCUUGUUAAGAAAGAUUUUACGAAUUUUUUGUUUGGCGUUACUAUAUGAAGAGCAAGAUGGCGAAGCAGCAAGUUGCUUACAUACUAUCUAAGCAAUUAAAAAGAAUGGAAGCACUGUACAGAAAUGUUCGUUUACCAGAGUCAGUACGCGGGAAGGGGGGUUGAAGGUCAUAUACGCAAGUCUUGUUUAGUCAGAGCCCGUUGUCGAAUAGAAGAUAAGAAUUUAAACUAAAUUUAGGAAGCUUCUCUUACUAAUUAACAUUCUCACAAAUCCCAGUGCUCCAUCUUCAUUUAAGCAAAUGUUUAAAUUAAACAUUUGCUUAAAUGAAGAUGGAGCACUGGGAUUUGUGAGAAUGUUAAUUAGUAAGAGAAGCUUCCUAAAUUUAACAAGAUCAAAGAUUGGGAUUAUUCGAAUCUGGGAAAAAAGAAGAACAGAAGGAGUAGAAAAGUCAGCGUCUAGAAUAAUACGUGCUGCACGCUUUUGCAGUCGAAGAAUGCGAAGUAAAAGUGUUUUUGAGCAGUUUCCCCAAGUUACAGAGCAGUAGAUAAGACUUGAAUUAAUACAGGAGUUAUAGAAACGAAGAGCACAGUCCUUAGUUAAAAAGGGUUUAAUCCUGCGUAAUAAAGCAAGUCUACUAUUGAUUGUUGAACACAAGUUGUCAAUAUGCUUGGUCCAAAUUAAAAAUAUACUGUACUUCUUCAUUAAAUUCAUACAGUACAUAAACCUGUGACGUGGUAUCUUUCCCAGAAAUUUCAAUUUCUUGGUCAUGUGAUCAUAGAUAGCAAUCUCAUGUUGGGGUAUUUUGCUAGCACGCUCACAGCAUUGUAUACAGACAGAUACCAAGCCAUCACCACUCGAUCUAGUGUAGCAAUCGACAGGAGAUUGGAAGUUUUUAAAAGUGAGGCUUCAUAUUCUUGGUCAAUUAACAAGGCACCAUUGUUGGUUUGUAACGCUUAAUAAACAUCUCAACACUCUUUGCGGAACGAGGAGGGAAAAGAGAAGAAAGUUCCAAUCCUUUCCCAUGCACUUGAGCCGAUUUGAAAUGAUCCAAUCACUUCGGUGGAGUGAGAAAGAUUAAUAACCUAUGAAGAAAUGAUAAUGGCGUUUUAUUAUAUAGUGCUAAAAUUACAUCUGUUUGAGAAUUGAUGGUUAUUACAGUAGUCAGCAAAUGAAGAAACAGAAUAAGAUGCGACAGAAAGUCUAGUAGAUUUGAAUUUGGGUUCCAUUCUCCCCGGAGCUCCUAGAUGCGAAGAGCCUAUAGCCGUUCUUUGUGAUGCCAUAUGGUGUGUCUUGAUAUGUAUGAUAUGUUUCCAUGUUUUACAUCGUGCAUGUGGUUCAAAGUUUGUCAUGUUCUCGGCGGAAGGCUAUUGGAAUUUUAAAAAGGUGCGAUUCCACCAAGAAUUUAAAGGAGUUGUGUAAAUCCACGAUCCUGUAGUGUGUCCAUAUCUCAAUGUUAGAGAAGCUGCCGUUGCCAAGUGAUCUAAUUACGUUCCUUGGUAGUAAUAUUGCAUCAAGCGUAAUAACCGGGAGAUAUGAAGUGGCCAAGAAACUGUGUAUAUUGAUGUAAUCAUACCCAGACGAAAUUUCACGAAUCUAGAUAAGCAAACGAAAUUUCACGUAAAAGUCCUUAUAAUUACAGAAUACAGAGGCAGAGUGAACAGUGAAUCAUGGUACUUUACAAAGUCCUCAAUUAUUGAAAAUAGUUUAUAAUUUUAAAAAGAAAUUAUUGCCAUCUCCUAUCUUUAUUGAAUGUAAAAUAGGGAGCUUAAUUUGUAAAACCAACAGCAACGUCAAUGUAGACGGGUUCAUCAAAAACAUCAUUUUCACUCUCCAACACAAAGGAGAGAAUAAAUUGUAUUGCUUACAGCAUUCCAGCACGCUUUUCGUGGUCUAAAGUUAGAGUUGUCUUGAGGCAAAAUAAAAUGGUGAUCAAAACACUGAUUCCUACAUAAAAUAUCUAUUAUUUUGUUGCCUCUUAUUACUCUUGUCUGAACUACGAUCUGACGACUAUCACUAUGGACAAUAUUUUAAAAAACAAGGCUCCGUACUUGGCUUGUGAAAAUGAAAUUUCCUUAAAGCUUGACUACUGCUCCACCCAAUUCGCCCUACUUUAUUUUUUUUACUCUGUUUAUAACGCCAGACGAUUUUACUUAUCAAGGGGAGAGCGCUUGCCGCUGGUGUUCAAUUGAAUAUAGUGUUUAUUUCUGAAGUAGGUGCCGUAUUUGCUCGAUUAAACGUUUUAUUAAUUCACAUCAAAUGCGUCAAUUACGUAUAUAACCAAAAAUCACAAAUUAAUAGCUUGAUUUUUUUGGUAUUGCUUCCAAAAACAAGUACGAUGCAGCUUAAUCUGAAACAAUAAAACAAUGAGCGCUUUACGAGAAGUGGAAGAAAUAAAUGUUGCCCUUGAAUAAAUACGCACCCUCAAAGUAGACGCCAUUCCCGUACAGUCCACGGCAGUCGAUAUACAGUAAGUUAAAAAAUAACAUCAACUCCAUUAUUUUCACAGGUUAUCAACCUUUUUUCAACCACCCAAGUUAUUGAACCAUUUCAUCUUUCUUCAGUUGAAGAUGGUUUGAAAUAUCCUGAACUUUUCCCUUCUCGUACUGUGCAGAGUGUUGAGAUGUUUAUUGAGCGUUCCAGAGCAAGAAUGGAGGCGUACUUCGAGGACAAUGCACUUGAAGCGUCAUAUGAAAAUUUUUAUUGCCCUACUGAAAAUCAUUAUACAUUGAAUGGCGACGGUUUGUUAUCUAUCUGUAUGCGAGCCCAUGAUAGCAACAAGAAGAAACAUCAUAAGAUUUGCAUUUAUGAUCACAUGACCAACAAAUUGAGAGUUCUUGGAAACAUUCCACGUCACGUGUUUGUGGAUGAGUUUGAUAAUCCCUUUUUGUAUGACGAUGAUGAAGAGUUUGUUGAAGGAGUGAUUGGAGCGCUCACUCAUGAUAGCAAAUAUGCAAUAGUGUUAGCAUAUAGUACAAGUUUACUGACUGUGAAUAUCUUUGAUAUCUUUAAUACAUCUUGUUUGUUAGAAAUUGAUUGUUCUGAGAUUGGAUUUCUUAGAUGCCGUCCAACAGGCAUUGCUUUAAAUCCUCAAGGAGUCUUGCAAGGUCAUUUUCAGGUUGCCAUUCAGAAUGAUGAUAUGGAAAUACGUUUAUGGGAAGCUACAACACAUUCUGAGUAUGCUGCAAAACUUGAAGAUUUACGGCCAUGUGUUGGAUAUGAGAAAAGAAUCAUAAAUGCAAGAGACAGCACAUUAAAGUUUAGCCCUAAUGGUCGGUUAUUGUGUGUACCUGCAUAUUUCCCAGACGAAAAAACCUGCAAAUGUAUAAUACUUGACGCGGAGAGCCUAGAACCGUUUUGUGUGAUGCCACACGGCUUGAUGUGUAGUGAUAUGUAUAGUAUAUUUCCAUGUUUCACAUCCUGUGGUUCGAAGUUUGCUAUGAUGUCUGUCGAGCAUGAUCGUGAUUAUUAUGAUUUAGAGAAAUACAAGUACCUCUAUUUUGAGAUUCCACCAAAAAUGGAGAGUUUAAAAGAGUUGUGUAAAUCCACGAUCCUAAAGUCUGUCCAUUUCUCGAUGUUAGAAAAGCUGCCGUUGCCAAGUGACCUGAUUACGUUUCUUGGUGGUAAUACAUCGAACAUGUAUGGUAACCUUGUCGUCGAGAAGAAACAUUGUAGGUUAAUGUGACUGAACACGUAUACAUUACCAGGUGAUCUCGUGUUCGUAUUUUAGCCAAUCAGCGCUCAGAAAGGGUUGUCCGAAUAGAAAUCCAUUUUGAUGUAUUCAGUCAAUUAUAUCUUUCGUUAUUCUUUAUGAAACU